CUCAAUCGAUCGAGCCACGUGACAGCUCGUUUUCGCCAAACAUGCACAUCACUCUUGCAAAUCACUCUUGCAAAUCAGGUAUAUGCGCUGCGUCAACCGUUUGGGGUUUAGCCUAGGGCGGCUAUUGCUAGAAUUUUAGUAGCCUAUAUCAGAACAUGGCUAGGUUUGUAGUAGUGUUUUUUGUCCUUGUUUUCUCCGCCACCAAUGCGGCGCAUGAGGAGGUCAUUGAUGUGAUUCUAGCCAGCCUCGCCAAAAGCGCAUCGUUCCUGGAGCAAGAGCACGGUAACAUCAACCUAGACGGAGUGGUCGGGUACAUCAUCCUGCAGGCGGAGUUGAAGGAAGCAGUGAGAACUUGGCCCCACACUGACCCUCUGAGCUGGUCUCAGCGCACCGCUACGGUUACCCUGGUCAAGAGGUUGGACCAGAGCCUGGCUAAGGCUGUCACUGAGCUGGAGAAGACUGACCCCAAAUACUACAGAGAGUUUGAGCCUCUGUUGAUCUGGACCUUCUGGUCAGUACCCCAUGAGUGGAGCUCCACAGAUCCCUCUCUGGCCUACUCCUCCGGUCGUACCAUGGAGUGUUACGAUGAGACACAGAGCGACAAGUGUAUGACCCUGCUUCUGGGAACAUGGAAGAACAACGGGACUCCUUGCAUCGUGACCAAGUCAUGUCGUGACACAAUGACGAGGUUUGGAUGUCCUAACUACUCCCUCUCUCACCAGCUGCUCUACUUCAUGCUGGGAGCCAAUAGAGGUUGCUCUGCCAUGUUGAAGGGGGACAUGCGUCCAUCGCGUGCUAACCUAACAGAGAGACAGUACCAGGGGAUAUUCUGCUCCAACAUGCUGAAGGGAAACAUGGACAUCAUACAGAAGAACUUCACCGGGGAGACCCAGGACAUCUUCAUCGAAAACAUACUGCUGUGUGGAUUGGCUGGUUUCUCUGACUUUCUCAAAGUUGAUUGGCUGCAGCACAUUCUGAGGCUUCAGGAUCAGGAAGUGGGAUGUUUUACACAGCCCCACAGAAGAGUGAAGAGGAGAGAGAGAAUGUUGAAGGAUGGUUGUUCCAGUCACAUAACAGGCGUGUCAGUGAGCGCUCUGGGAGGAUACCUCAACUACUACCUGACAGAGCAGGACAUCACCAAGAGACCACUCACCUGAAUGUCAACCACCCUUCACCUGGAUGUGUGACCCUUCACCUGGAUGUGUGUCCCAAAUAGCACCUUAUUCUUUACUUAUAGCACUACUUCUGACAAGGGCCCCGUAGGGCUCUGGUGAAAAGUAGUGCACUGUGUAGGGCAGUGUGUGUCCAUCCUCUCCUGGGGACCCCCAGCCGUUCCAUGGUUUUCAUCUAUUCCACAGCACCAGUGGUGUUAACUACUUAAGUAGUACUUUAAAGUAAUUUUACUUAAGUCGUUUUUUGGGGGGUAUCUGUUCUUUACUUUACUAUUUAUAUUUUUAACAACUUUUACUUCACUACAUUCCUAAAGAAAAUUAUGCACUUUUUCCUCCCAACAUUUUCCCUGACACCCAAAAGUACUCAUUACAUUUUGAAUGCUUAGCUGGACAGGAAAAUUGUCAAAUUCACGCACUUAUCAAGAGAACAUCCCUGGUCAUCUCUACUGCCUCUUAUCUGGCAGACUCACUAAACACAAAUGCAUUGUUUUUAAAUGAUGUCUGAGCGUUGGAGUGUGCCCCUGGCUGUCCGUGAAUU